GAACCAGUAAAUAGAUUUCUAGCCACGAAAUGAACAUUUUUUCUUAGUGUCUCUGAAUGCAGACCGUUAUCCAAGCUACACUGUUAAUUGUAAGCAUGAAAUCAGCUCUCGAUAUGAGCCGUGUGGUCUGUUUAAAAUAAACAAAGAUUUAUAACUUGAUCUGAAAUGUUGAAACGGGUGACUCUGAAUCAAAAGAAAAAAAAAUAUCAUAGCCUGCAAUCCAUAGAUCUAUAUGCAUAUAUUGAAAGGACAAGGGAAAAAAGUUAAACCAAAUCAAUCUAGGAGAGAGCCAAUGGAUUAUGUGUACGGGCAAUGUCUGUAUAUAACAACGUGACACUUUUGUUUGUGCCUAUCUGUGUGGCGUCUGUGCCGUUAUUUCUGACUAAAACAUUGAAUGAAGUGGUAAGCUCUAAAGUAGUUCAACUUCUGAUACCUUUAUGUUCGUUGGGAACUUAUGGCGAUGCUUCCUUUGUAAUGGAUCGAUUCUGAGUUGUCAAUGGCGUCCUACUGGAGAUCACCUUACAACAAACCAAAUCUAACUAGCAAAAAACAAGACAGCAACCUACCAGCUCAUUCUGAUUACGAAGAUUACAGUAGGAUGACUAACAUAGAGAACGUGGCGAGAUUUCAUUGGCUGGGUUAUGGUGCAACGUACUCAGCAUACAGAACUACACACUCCGCCAUCACUAGGCAGAGCAGCUCUCAGAUUAAAGGGAUUCUCAAAUCACCAAGUGAGCAAGAUGUGAAUGACUAUGAAAAGAUGAGCCUGUACUCAACUUCGAACCUUUCCAGUUUGGGAACCUCGGCGCAUUCUAAAAAGGACAAGAAGAAAGUAACUUUCGUCGAAAAGAGUUCGGAAGAUGAUGAUUCCCCCUCAGGUGUCUCAAACCUUCAAGAGACGAACAUCUCCUCCACGUACCAGCCUAAGCUAAAGUUGAGCCAGACUCUGGAUGAAUCCACUAAAUACAAUCUCAAGAAACUAUUAGGACAUUACAGUGCCACUAACUGGCCGAGUGUUCGUGGAAAGGUAACACUAGUUAAGAGUCCAGCCCAGAGUCCAUCGAAUACCAAUGGUCAAUGUAGACAUAGUGCUCACUUAAAGUGUUCUUGGUGUUUCAAGAAAAACUCAGAAGAUAAAACCAACAAAGAAUUACUUGGCGACUGGCCAGUAACUAAUGAUUCUAAUAGCGCGAAAAAUGACACGGAACAUAGUGAAAUAUCUCCAACGUAUAAAAACUCAAACAUUAGUGUCAAUGAUCCGAACGCUUCAGGGCUUCGGGAUGCUGAGUCACCAGUAAAAACCUCGGAACAAGGUUUUUAUCAAACCCCGCAAGCUUAUAGGCCGUGGUCUAAGACAUUGGCCUAUUUACCACAUAGAAAAAGCUCUUUUACAUUUCAAAACGAUAAUUCCAACCAAUCAACCCAGGAUUCUCCAGCAUCACCACCACAACAGAGCUUUGAAGUUUUAUCUAAACUGACCGUCACAACGGAUGGUAAAAUUAGGCCCGUCAAGACAGACCCCGCAGAAAACAUUCAUUUAUUACACAAGAUUGCCAAUUAUCCGAGAACUGAAAGCUACGUAGUUCAUAGCUUUAAACUGAACCAGAAUAAACCAUCCACAAAAGUUGUCAACAAAGGAAUAACUACUGAACUGCCCAAAGAUUUGCUGUUUCCAAAAUUUACUUUUACAAAACAAUGGACAUUUCCAAAAUCAAGAGAGAACGAAGAUCAGACUGUGAGUGUAACAAUGGUAUCUAACACUUCCACGACCAAUGUAUGAUUGAAAACAUUUGGAUACCGGUACAUUGCUACUUCCCAGAAGUUUGGAUUGAAACUGUGCAUCGUGUUUGCAUCUAAAUCUUACAGUAUUUUGUUUCAUGUUAAAAGGUUUCUUAAACACUAGCUGGAUGCUGGGGUUAAAGGUUUGGUAUGCUUUAAUAAUGAACCAGCAAUUAAUUAAACAAUAAUAAUGUCUGAAACCGUAUUAAACACUGCAUACUUGCUAAUAUCAAGUCAAUUACAUUAUGUCAACCUGUGAUUUUAAAUAUCUAGCGAUGGUACCAAGUUAAACCAAUAUAAAAUAAAUGCUUGUUAAAUCAAUUCUUUGGGUCAGAUUGCAAUGGUGUUCAUUAGUUAUAUUUGUCAUAACAUGUUUUUUUUUUCAUUUAAAUUGAGAAUUACUGUAUGAUUUUCACUAUGCAUGAAAUCUUAAAAAGAUAAAUAAAAGAUAUUAUUAUAAUAUAAUUUCUUUCUUUUUUAUGAAUAAUUUAAACACUAUGUGGCCCAAAAGCAAGUGGUUAGUAAAGGGGGACAAACACUUCGCUUUUCCAUUGCUUGUUGUCUUGAUUGCCGGAAUAUUUUUCUUGUUUAACUCUUACUGUGCCAUUAACUCACACAAUCCUAUACUCUUAAGCGAGCAAUUCUUGUAUGUAUGU